UUUCACUUUCAUUUUCAAUUUCCACCACUUUAACCAUUCUCAUCACACCGUCAAGUUCCGGAAUGGUUGCCGCCGCAAAGCGCAAGGCAAAGAAGAAGAAGAAGCCGCAGCAGCCCCAAACUCUGAACCAAUCAAACCCUCAAAACCUGGUUGAUCUAAUCUCCAGAGUCACACACACUGCACAUUCCUUCCUCUCUCACAACGAUCUCGCUCUUCUCCCUUCCCAAUCUCUCACCCUCGAAUCCCUCAUCGCUUCCACCUCUCACUCUCUCUCUAGAAUCCUCUCUCUCCUCCCCAAACCCCUCCACCACCCUCCUCCCCUCCCUCCGCCGCAACGCGACAGCUGGUUCCGCCGCUUCCUCCUCGCCCCGGACUCCCGAUGGGUCGACGCGUUUCGCAUGUCAAAGCCCUCCUUCCUCCGCCUUGUCAAUCUCCUCACUCCCUCCCUCGCCUCCGCGUUCCCCCAAAUCGCCCCUGAUUGCGCCCUAGCCGCCGCAAUUUUCCGAUUGGCCCACGGCGCCGGGUACAAUGCGGUUUCACGGCGGUUCGGGAUUACGCAGCCCGAGGCCUGCCGCGCCUUCUUUGCCGUGUGCAAGGCGGUUACUGAGAGCCUGGGGCAUCUCUUCGAGCUUCGCACGGAUUCUGAGAGGGUGGUGGUGGGUUUCGGUUGGAGUUCACUUCCCAACUGUUUUGGGGUUCUGGGGUUGGCUAGGUUUGGGAUUGAUGGCGAGUUUUUCGGUAACAAUGGGAGCUUGAUUGUUCAAGCAUUGGUGGAUUCUGAAGGGAGGUUCUUAGAUGUUUCAGCUGGGUGGCCUGGUAGUAUGAAACCUGAAACCAUUUUGCAUCAGAGUAGGCUUUAUCUUGGGGUAGAGGAAUCGAAGGAGUUGUUGCGAGGGCCGUCGUAUAAGCUCAGCGACGGUCGGUUGAUUCCUCAGUAUGUUCUGGGAGAUUCUUGUUUCCCAUUGUUGCCUUGGCUGUUAACUCCAUAUAACAGGGUGAAUGAGGAAGAUAGUUUUGGUUCAGCUGAAAGGGCAUUUAACGGUGCUCAUAGUCGCGCGAUGGAGUUGGUUGGCGAUGCGUUUGAGAGGCUUCGGGCUCGGUGGCAGCUUCUGUCAGCUUCAAGGAGAUGGAAACAAGAGUGUGCUGAGUAUUUACCUGUUGUGAUUGUUACUGGUAGUUUGUUGCAUAAUUUUCUUGUUAAGUGUAACGAGCCUAUGCCGGAUAAAGGCGUGAAUUGCGCGGAAAAGGAAGCGGAUUUUGUUGAUUUUGAUGGUGUGGUGGAUAAGAAUGCACUGAGGAUAAGGGAUGCGCUUGCUUUGCAUUUGAGUCGGGCGAACAUGAGAAGAUGAAUGCUGUGGAAUCCGGUGCGAAUCUUCCUCUGUUUACAUAACUAAUGGAUGAUCUACUUGUUUGAUUAGUGAACAUGUUUGGGAAGUCUUUGUUACAUGGAGCUUUUGGUACGAAUCAUUCAGUUUUUUUCUAAAACUGGCUAAGCUUCUAGUUAAGGAGAUUAGUAGCAAGAUGUGUAAAUUAUCUUUUUUAAUGGUGAAAGUGUUUGUACUUUUAUUAUUCAUUAACAAAAGUUAAGUGAUUGAAGGAUUCA